AUGGACUCUUUCGGUAGUCCCCUUGUUUCGCCCACCAAGGCCCGACAGGCGGCCAUCCAAGCCAAAGAUUGGGCAUAUGUGAACUCCUGGCUCAGCCGACAAUACGCCCCCAAACCGGUGCCCCAAUUCGAACGUAAUGAAGGUACUCUGCGGGUCCUCUUGACGAUGGCAGCAGCCAACGAUGCUGCCGAUGAAGAAGCAUCUCUACAGCACCGCGCACGGGAAGAAGCAGUUCGCGUCUUCAAAACACGAGAACAAGCCGAACGCAAGGACGCACAUGAAAGACAGAAGAUCGAAAUUCUGGACGAAGUGGAGAUGUGUCUUGAUGAUAGCGGCAAGCGUGAUCUGGGCGACAUCGCUGACUCGGCAAUUGUCUUGGGAAACACGCUGAACCCAGGGACCGAAGACCUGAGUCUGUCCAUCGUUGAGCUCACGGCUGAGGAGUCCGAAGCGCAAGACCAGAUAGCCAAAGUUCAAUCGCUGCAGCGCUAUCUUGAGAAGGAGCUUGCGCAACUACAGGCCGACCUGGAAAAGCUCAAAUCUGACAAGGCAUACGAAACCCCGGAAGACACCCAGAGCAUGACAUCCGAAUGGAUACGGGGCACGAAAACGCUUUCAACCAAGGUUGGGGAGUACCAAGAUCGCAUUGCAUCGCUUGAAAGGAAUCGGCCUCAUGGUCCUACAAUUGAGGAGCUUAUUAUGGAAGAAGAGAAUGUCAUUCGGUUGCGAGAAACGGUCAAGUCUCUGGAGGGACGUGUGAGGGCGUUCCACGAUCUGCCAAAGGACGUACCAGGAGCGCGGGCCAGGUACAAGGAGCUAGAGCGUGAGCUGGGUCAGCUCACGCGGCAACGAGAGACUAUGUUUGGAAGCCUUGUCGGGCGGCGAUGA